AUGACGGGCGAAGCGAUCGGACCAAUCAUUGGAGAAGCAUAUUCUGGGUUUCUGUCUAUCUUGGGCAUGAUCGUCCUUGCUGCCCUCAUCAUCUUUCUGCCGGAGACACAGCGCAGCAUAGCUGGCAACGGGAGCAUCCCCCUCUCGGGUUUCCACAAACCCUUUGUCUAUCCGCCCAGAGCCCCAAUGGUAUGGACCGAAGACCGUGAAAAAAAAAAACCAUUCCCCGAAACUUCGCAAAACGAUAUCCUUGAAAAAGGCAUUCAGUCCCUUAGCCUACAUCUUUGA